UCUCCUUGACAAAAUCGCAAGUGACAAAAAUGACACGAUCCGAAGAGACAAGAACACUGCCGUGGCUACUCCUCACCCUCACAACGCCCGCGCGAUAUCCAGGCCAAGAUUUCCAACUAGUAUUUGUUCAGCACAAUUGUCCCCGAUUUGUAGUUGCCCUUGAAGUUGAUCGGACGAACACAUUUUCCGGCGGAAGGUGGAUGUCUCCAUACGCCGUCCUCGUCGCCGUGCUUCUCGCCUUCUUCUACGCCGUCUGGAAGGCUCGAGGCAGCAGCAGCAGCAGCAGGCUCCCGCCCUCGCCGCCGUCGCGUCCGCUGCUCGGCCACCUCCACCUCCUCGGCCAGCUGCCGCACCGCUCCUUGUGCGAGCUGCACGCCCGGUACGGCACCGAUGGCGGCCUCCUGCUCUUGCAGCUCGGGCGCAGGCGGACGCUGGUGGUGUCCACGGCGGCCGCUGCGGCGGACCUGUACAAGAACCACGACCUCGCCUUCGCCUCCCGCGUGCCCAGCGUGCCGGUGGACAAGCUUACGUACGGCUCCAUCAACAUCUCCUUCUCGCCCUACGGCGACGUCUGGCGCCGCAGCAAGAAAAUUGCCGUCGUCCACCUCCUCUCCCCGCGCCGUGUCGACUCGUUCGCCCCCGUGCGCGCCGUUGAGGUGGCCGCCCUCGUCGCCGGGGCACGCCGCGCCGCGGAGGCGGGUGAGAGCGUGGAGCUGAGGGAGCUCCUGUGCGCCUACAGCAACGCGGUGGUUACCCGCGCGACAACCGGCGCCGCAGGGGCCACGGCGGAGAAGCUAAAUCAGCUUUUGGGUAACUCCGCCGCGUUAAUGUCGGGGCUCCAGGCGGAUGACGUGCUCCCCGGCGCGGCGGCGAAGGUGGUUAGGUGGGCGACGGGUCUCGAGAAGAGGCUCGACGCCGAGCUCGAACUGUGGGACAAGUUCCUAUCGCAGAUAAUUGCGGAGCACCUUGAGAAGAAGAAGUGUGACGGCAGCGCAGGGGAGGAGGACUUCCUGGACGUCCUGCUGCGGCUGAGGGAAGAAGGCGGCGCCGGACUCGAGCUCACCGACGAUCGCAUCAAAAGCAUCAUCAAGGACAUAAUAGCCGCCGGAACAGACACAUCGUCCGUCACGCUGGAAUGGGCCAUGGCGGAGCUCGCCGGGAACCCACGGGCAAUGGCCAAGCUGCAGGACGAGAUAACUCGAGUCACCCAAGGCAAACCGACCAUCCAGGAAGCCGACCUGAGCAGGAUGGAGUACCUCAAGGCGGUGCUAAAGGAGGUGCUCCGGCUCCACCCGGCGGCACCGCUCCUCGUCCCGCACCAGUCGACCACGACGGCGGUCGUGCAGGGCUACGAGAUCCCGGCCAAGACGGCGCUCUUCGUCAACGCCUGGGCGAUCGGAAGGGACCCGGCGGCGUGGGGAGCGACAGCGGAGGAGUUCCGGCCGGAGCGGUUCCUGGGCAGCGGCGGCGCCGAGGGCGUGGACCUACGGGGGAACGACUACCAGCUCCUCCCGUUCGGCGCGGGUCGGCGGCUCUGCCCCGGCAUCGGCUUCGCGAUGCCGGUGCUGGAGAUCGCGCUCUCCAGCCUCGUGCGCCACUUCGACUGGGAACUCCCCGCCGGGGCGCGUCUGGACAUGAGUGAGGCGCCGGGGCUGACCACGCCGCUGCUGGCCCCGCUGCGCCUCGUCCCCAAGUGCAGGAGGCAGCAGUAGCACUGUAGCAGUGCCUGCAGUAGAAAUAAAAGCAACUAUAGGAUUUGUAAGACCUAAAAUAAUAUAUUUAUGAUGAAUUUAAUUGAAAAAACUAUAAACUAACAGCUCAAUCGUAAUACAUAUAUCUAAAUCGGUUUUGCUAAAAACCAGUCGACUCGUGAAGUCUUAAUCGAUAUCAUAAUCCGUUGAUCUUGCAUUAA